GGGCUUUUCAGGAAGUGGGCAAAGCGACUAGAUGAAAGGAUUCUCCUUGCACUGGAACAGAGUCUUGAGAGAUGCCAUUGGAAGUUUCCCGCUCCAGCCGCCACAAGAAAACAAUCCCAGAAAAUACAAAUUGGGUCUUUGAAAAAUUGCGAUUUGUGAGUUUUGAGCCUCUAAAUCAAUAUUUUGAAUGGUUAGAAAUAUCUAUUUUCCCUACUACCAAACAAGCGUCAGUGUUUCUCUAAAAGGUAUUACUGUUUCCUUUUCUUUCUCUAAGCCCUGCUCUCCAAAAUCUAUUUGUGUGGCUAUCCAAUCCAAUAUGCAUUGCAUGUUUGAUGAAAUUCGCACUUUUCAAAGUCCAGAUGCGUAGGGAUUACUUAUUCUUUACUUGCUUGCUCUAAUCUGGGGAGAUCAAAGGUCAGCUUAGCGCUAGCAAUUUUGGUUUUAAUAAAUGGAAAAACAUAGCAGUAGUAGAGUGAGUGAGCUGUUUGGAAAUUUGGGUAGUUUUAUUAGAAUUUGCAUAUUUCGUGUGUUAUCCAUGGGACCCAUCCCCAAUCAUUUUGCCUUCAUAAUGGAUGGAAAUCGGAGGUAUGCUAAGAAGGAGAACAUGAAAAAAGGGGCAGGUCAUAGGGCUGGAUUCUUAGCUCUUAUAUCCAUACUUAAGUACUGCUAUGAAUUGGGAGUGAAGUAUGUAACAAUUUAUGCCUUUAGCAUUCAUAAUUUCAAAAGGAGUCCUGAUGAAGUUAAGGACCUGAUGGAUCUGAUGCUAGAAAAGAUUGAGGAUUUGCUGAGGGACGAAAGCAUUGUGAACCAAUAUGGAAUCAGAGUAUAUUUUAUAGGUAAUUUGAAACUUUUGAGUGAAACUGUGAGGAUUGCAGCAGAAAAGGUUAUGACAGCUACUGCCAAAAACACCAAUUGUACCCUUUUAAUCUGCGUAGCCUAUACAUCACGUGAUGAGAUUGUACAUGCUGUUCAAGGUUCAUGUAAAAAUAAACAGGAGGAAAUUCAACCAUUGAGCUUUUGUAAAGCUAAUUAUGAUGCCAUUGAAGAAGUAGAGGAUAAUAAGAAGGUUAAUGAAGUCAUCCCAUUUGGUUUUUUAGAAUCCCAGAAAGAUGAAGCAGGCAAAUCUCAAGCAACAAUGGCAAGUGUAACCUGCAGUUGUCUGGCUAGAGGAGUUGAAGGGGGUGGCAACAAAAAUAGCAUGGUUGUUCGUGCUGUCCGAGGAUCCUAUGAAGAUAAAUGGGAUAACUGUCAAGCAAUGAUGGAAAAUAGAACUGGCAAUGGUGUGACUUCAUCUGAAGAGAGUGAGAAUCUGCAGGGAGAGUGUUCUAUCAUAAAGCUAGUUGACAUUGAGAAACAGAUGUACAUGGCUGUAGCUCCUGAACCUGACAUCCUUAUUCGAAGUUCUGGAGAGUCCCGACUGAGUAACUUCCUACUUUGGCAGACUAGUGAGUGCCAGUUAUAUUCUCCAGAUGCAUUGUGGCCAGAAAUUGGUUUAUGGCACUUGGUGUGGGCAGUAUUAAACUUCCAACGAAACCAUGCUUAUUUGGAAAAGAAAAAGCAUCAGUUAUAGCGAGUUAAUACUACAGAACAGUAUCUUAUCAUGCAUAUCACACAUUUCACGUGAUAAUUGUGUUCUUGCCACUAAAUUAUUCUGGUAGUUAGUAAGCUUAAGGAUGUGACACUGAAAGCUUAAAUUUUCAAGCAUGGGCAUUUUUUAAGUUGCAGGGUUUUAUUUUUAUUCUAUUUUUUUUUUUAAUUUUUUAUCAAGUUCAGUAUAGGUCAGUUAACUGGUGAAAUGAUAAGAAGCGUCCUUCAAUGAAAGAAAUAUUUUCAUGUUAUCAUGAAA